UCACUGGGUCCUGGCCAGAGAUUCUCCGCUGACACCCGGCGAUCGCCGAGGAACACUGACAGGGGAGAGACCUUAAUAUGCUGCUGUGUACUUCUCUGCACAACAGAGAAAUACACAGCAGUAUGUUUACAUAGUAAAACACACACAGAACAUACAGUAAAACAGCACACAGUUAACCCUUUGAUCACCCAGAUGUUAACCCCUUUCUGCCCAGUGUUAUUAGUACAGUGUCAGUGCAUUUUAUUAGCACUGAUCACUGUAUUAGUGUCAUUGGGAUGUCAGUGGCAGUUAGUCAGUUCCCCUCAGUGUCCGAAUGCCUGCCAGAGCCCCGCUAUA